GUUUUUAAAAAAUAUUAUUAAUUUGGUAGUAAAUUUAAAGACUUUAUGGAUUGAUUGCAUUCACUAUAUCUGGAUUGUUUCAUGUUCUGGCUUACAGAUAAAUGCAGGAGAGUAAUUGGGAUAACAGGAUUUAAAGUUGGUUCGCCGUUGGUAGUGUGUGCAAAUUGAUAAGAUUGGUAGUCAAUUGUUAUUUAGAGAAAGGAGAAAAUAUAAGAGACCGGAUUGCGUUACUUUUCGUUGUAGUUGAGUAUUGAAUUAGGCGAGAGUGUUUCGUGAUUAGGGUGAGAUGGAUUUUGCAAAGAAGUGGGUUAAAAAAUUGAGACCAAAAGAUAAGCCUAAAUCUUCACCUAGAAAGGAAGGUAGAAGUAAUGGAAAGGAAGGAUUAAGAGCAACGAAUGAUGAAGCACCAUCAAACGCGACUAAGCAGAAGGUCGAAGCUGCUAAACAGUAUAUAGAAAAACACUACAAGGAGCAAAUGAAGAAUUUGAAUGAACGCAGGGAACGGCGUCACGUACUUGAGAAAAAAUUGGCUGAUUCAGAGGUUACUGAAGAAGAGCAAAACAAUCUACUUAAACACCUGGAAAAGAAGGAAACAGAAUAUAUGCGCCUUCAGAGGCAUAAAAUGGGUGCUGAUGAUUUUGAGCCAUUGACAAUGAUAGGGAAGGGUGCAUUUGGAGAGGUUAGAAUAUGCAGGGAGAAGACAACUGGCAAUGUGUACGCGAUGAAAAAGCUUAAAAAGUCAGAAAUGCUUCGUAGAGGCCAGGUUGAACAUGUGAAAGCAGAAAGGAACCUACUUGCAGAGGUUGAUAGCAAUUGCAUUGUUAAGCUAUAUUGUUCAUUUCAAGAUGAAGAGUAUCUUUACCUCAUAAUGGAAUAUCUACCUGGCGGAGACAUGAUGACUUUACUGAUGCGCAAGGAUACACUAACUGAAGAUGAAGCUAGGUUUUAUGUAGGGGAAACUGUUCUGGCAAUCGAGUCCAUUCAUAAACAUAACUAUAUUCAUAGGGAUAUUAAACCUGACAACUUGCUACUUGAUAAAUUUGGGCACAUGAAGUUGUCAGAUUUUGGAUUAUGUAAACCCUUAGAUUGCACUAAUCUCCAGGAGAAGGAUUUCUCUGCGGCAAAUAACUUAAGUGGGGCCCUUCAAAGUGAUGGGCGCCCUGCAGUGCCGAAGCGCACUCAACAAGAGCAACUGCAGCAUUGGCAGAGGAAUAGGAGGAUGCUUGCAUAUUCAACUGUUGGUACGCCUGAUUAUAUUGCUCCUGAAGUUUUGCUAAAGAAAGGAUAUGGAAUGGAAUGUGAUUGGUGGUCUCUUGGGGCUAUUAUGUAUGAAAUGCUUGUCGGAUAUCCACCCUUUUAUUCAGACGAGCCUAUGUCUACUUGUAGAAAGAUAGUAAAUUGGAGAACACAUUUAAAAUUUCCUGAAGAGGCAAAGUUAUCCCCGGAAGCAAAAGAUCUUAUCUGUAAACUUCUAUGCAAUGUUGAAAAGAGGCUUGGAACCAAAGGCGCUUAUGAAAUAAAGGCGCACCCAUGGUUUAACGGUAUAGAAUGGGAAAAGUUGUAUCAAAUUAAAGCUGCAUUUAUUCCAGAAGUAAAUGACGAGCUGGAUACCCAAAAUUUUGAGAAGUUUGAAGAGGGUGACAACCAAAUUCCUUCCUCAACAAAAUCUGGCCCUUGGAGAAAGAUGCUCUCCUCUAAGGAUGUCAACUUUAUGGGGUACACGUAUAAGAACUUUGAAAUUGUAAAUGAACAUGAAGUUCCGGGAAUUGCCGAGUUGAAGAAGAAGAGUUCAAAACCUAAAAGGCCUACAGUGAAGUCACUUUUUAAAGAAGAAACCGAUUCAACCUCCACCCAAGGAAGCUUUCUCAACCUCCUACCUCGCCAACUAGAAGUCUCGAAGGAAAAUGAGUCGACAUGAUUUUUACUAAUGUGUUCAUAAACAGUUACUAGCCAUAGUGAAAAAUCAAUCAAAAGCAAAAGCAUUGAGUUCCUUGCAGCCGGAUGACUUUUUCCUUACUGUGUGGGUGGGUAAAUACAGAAUGAAAUGGAUUCAGUUUGUUCAAUUUGCAGAUGAAAAUGAUUUGUUUAAAAUUAUGAGUGACCGACCUUUUCAUGGCUUUGGGCAUUUUUUUCUUCUCUUUUCUUAUUGGUUUUCAGGUCUCAUGUAAAUUGGUUUCCUGGAACUGUGUAUAUCUGUUUUAGUUUUACUUGUAAUUGGCGUGUAACUUAUCCAUUUAUCAAAGUAACAUUAUUGGAUGUUAA